UACUCAGGGCGUGUUCCUCACAACGACGUCUAUAUAGUCCUGUGAUCCCUGAUGCCGAGUACACAACACAUCUCUGCAGCCAGUUGUAGCUCUGCUCAGUUAAAGAGAGGACUCGUCUCCAAAAAUGCAGGUUGAGGAAUACAAUCGCAGAGGUAAGGAGCUGGUGGACUACAUCACAAAGUACCUGAGCUCUAUCAGGGAGAGGAGAGUCAUCCCAGACGUGAAGCCCGGCUACAUGAGGGAGCUGCUUCCUGAAGCUGCGCCCACCGAACCGGAGGACUGGGAGGACAUCUUCAACGACGUUGAGAAAGUCAUCAUGCCUGGGAUGGUUCACUGGCAGAGCCCUCACAUGCAUGCCUAUUACCCCAGUCUGACCUCAUGGCCCUCCAUGUUGGGGGACAUGUUAGCCGACGCCAUCAAUUGUGUGGGAUUCAGUUGGGCCUCCAGCCCAGCCUGCACAGAGCUGGAAAUGAAUGUGAUGGACUGGUUGUGCAAAGCGCUGGGUCUUCCCUUUUUCUUCCUGCAUCAUCAUCCUGACAGCAUGGGUGGAGGUCUGCUGCAGAGCACAGUCAGUGAGGGGACACUAGUUGCUCUUCUGGCGGCUCGGAAGGACAAAAUCCUGCAGCUGAAGACCGAGCUGGACCAGGAAGUGGACGACUCUGUUCUCAACUCAACACUGGUGGCCUACGCUUCAGACCAGGCCCAUUCGUCAGUCGAGAAGGCAGGUCUGAUCGCUCUGGUGAAGAUCAGGUUUCUUCCCGCAGACGAGAAGCUGUCUCUGAGAGGAGAAACUCUGAAGCAAGCCAUUCAAGAGGACAGGAGACGGGGCCUCGUUCCUUUCAUGCUGUGUUCAACUCUAGGAACGACAGGAGUGUGUGCAUUCGACAAGCUCUCCGAACUGGGACCAAUCUGUGAAGAAGAGGGACUCUGGCUUCAUGUUGAUGCUGCCUAUGCCGGCUCAGCCUACUUCUGUCCGGAGCUACGCUGGUCCCUGGAGGGCAUUGAGUUCGCAGAGUCUUUUGUUUUCAACCCUUCUAAGUGGAUGAUGGUUCACUUUGACUGCACAGCUUUCUGGGUAAAGAACAAACAUAAACUCCAGCAGACCUUCAGUGUGGAUCCCGUCUACCUCAGACAUGAAAACUCGCGGGCAGCCACAGACUUUAUGCACUGGCAAAUUCCCCUCAGCCGGCGUUUCCGAUCUCUGAAGCUUUGGUUCGUCAUGCGCUCCUUUGGGCUGAAAAACCUCCAGGCUCAUGUCAGACAUGGCAUUGAGAUGGCGAAACUCUUGGAGUCUCACAUAAGGAGUGACCCAAAUUUUGAGGUUCCCGCUGAGAGACACCUUGGCUUGGUGGUUUUCUGUCUGAAAGGAGGAAACGCUUUGACCCAGGAGCUGCUGAGGAGACUGACCCGUUCUGGCACCAUGUACCUCAUCCCAGCAGAAAUCCACACAAAACGCAUCAUUCGGUUCACAGUGACUUCACAGUUCACCACGGCAGAUGAUAUCCUCAAGGACUGGGCCUUUAUUUCUAAAACUGCUACCACUCUGCUCGCUGAGAAGCAUGGCUUCAACAAAGCCGACCAGCUGAGAUACGGCGAGCCAAAGGCGGCAGGGAAAGAAGAGAAUCCAGAUCCCCACCUGGACGCCAUGGCUGACGAAAAGGAAGAUGUUGUCACCCAGCUAGAGAAAGCUCAGAUAGAUCUGUGGAUCGACAAAGCUUGGAAUCGACCCAGAAGGCCGAUGCGCUCCCUCAGCUGCAGCAGCGAGCCCCUGCCCUACUGGGCGCUGUUUAGCUUUGACUGUGAAACGACACCUGGUCUGAAGGAUGGAGCACAUGGCCUCCCUGUGCCGUCAGCCACAGAAUCCGGCCCUGUGUCGACACUCGCCGAGAUGCCUUCAAGUCUUCCGAGGAAGCAGGUCCUGAAAAAGCUUACAAAGUUCUACAGUGUUCCCAGUUUCUGCAACCAGUGGGCCCAGUGCAGCAGACACCCGGUAAACUGCCCUCUGAAGGUCGCGCACGCCAGUCAAAAACCCCUCUCCUCCAGCUGCAGGAGGGUGAACUGCAUGCUCUCUUCUCCUGCUGCAAACAUGCCUUCUACCUCGCCACUGGAAAGUGCCAAUGGUGCUGAACCUCAAUAACUCUCAAAUCAAUGAGCAGCAAUUCAGUCAGCUCACAACCUUCAACAAUGUCAACAAAAAUACAUUUUUGUACACUUUGUGUCUUCUUUGUUUUUAUUUCCAAUAAAAGUACACCCCGCUCACCGUU